AUGGCAAGCAAUAAUGACCAAAACAAUUCAGAAAAAUGCUUCCUAGAUUGGAUGAAACUCCAAGAAGUAGACCUUGCAAAACUUCUCCAAGUCCUCACUUUAAGUGACAAACUUGAGAGUUCACUCAGCCAACUUGCAGAGAAAAACAUAGAACACUUUCAAGUCUACAUUGACAGGCAAACCCAACUUGCCCACAAUGAUGUCUCUGCCUAUUUUGCACCCACCUGGAACUCUUCCUUGGAGAAUUCCUUGCUCCAGUUGUCCGGUUGCAGGCCCUCCAUUUUUAUCAGACUCAUAUAUGCACUAUGUGGGUCAACGUUCGAGUCCCAUCUAGCAUAAUACCUUCAAGGUUUAAGGACAAGGAAUCUUGGUGACUUUUCGUCGAAAUAGCUUAAUAUGGUGAAUAAUUUGCAUUCCAAAACUAUAAAGCAAGAAGAGAAAUUGACAGCCCAGUUGGCGAGUUUUCAAGAGGACAUAGCUGAUGAGCCCAUCUCUGUUAUCAUCAAGGGCCAGGGCCUGGCUAGUGAGCUCAAUGAGGAGGUGGAGCUUGCACUUCAAGAUCACAAUGAGGCUAUGAUGCGUAUCCUGUAGGAGGUUGAUAAUUUGAGGCUAAGCAUGCUUAAGGAGCUGGUUAGCAUUUUAACUCCUGUUCAAGCAGUGGAUUAUCUAGCUACUGGCAAGAGGCUUCAUCUCUGCAUGCACGAGUGGGGUAAAAGAAGGGAUCUUAUGCACGGUAGAAGAAACUAA